GGUACAUAACAAUAACAAUAAUACGCUCUCAAGGCAAAAUCUCUCUGGAUCCCUAUUCCCUCCAUAGAAUAGAAAUACAAGACUAGAGAGCCCUCUCUCUCUCCCUCCCAAAACAUCCUCUACUGCCUUUGCUUCUAGAUCGACCGAGCCUUCUUCGCCUGCUUCUAGGUUAUUUCUCUUAACUGCGUGGUUUCUGAACUGCUUAAAAGAUGCUUCCUCUUUCUCUGCUUAAGACAGCCCAAGGGCACCCUAUGUUGGUGGAACUGAAGAAUGGUGAGACUUACAAUGGACAUUUAGUUAAUUGUGAUACAUGGAUGAACAUUCAUCUUCGUGAAGUCAUUUGUACUUCUAAGGAUGGAGACAGGUUUUGGCGAAUGCCUGAAUGCUACAUCCGGGGGAAUACAAUUAAGUAUCUCCGAGUUCCUGACGAGGUGAUUGACAAAGUUCAAGAAGAAACUAAGAGUCGAUCAGAUAGGAAACCACCUGGAGUAGGACGUGGCAGAGGAAGAGGUAGGGAGGAUGGUCCAGGUGGACGACAGCCUAAAGGGAUUGGCCGUGGACUAGACGAUGGAGGUGCUAAAGGCCCUGGUGGAGGCCGUGGCAGGGGUGGAUCUGGAGGUAGAGCUGGUGGAAGCAGAGGUGGGGGCCGAGGGCGUGGUUGAUUUGGUUAGUUGGUGAAACUAAAUAUUGGACCAUUGGCUGCUUUUAGAGGCAUAUUGGUUCCAUGUUUCAAGUCAAAUGUCCCGAGUUUCUUGCCUCCGAUAUCAUUAUUACUGUCGUGUAACUCAUUUGGAAAGUCGCUUUUUUAAGUAGCAAAUGUAGCUAGUGUUUUUUUUUUUUCCUUUUUACUGUUUUACAUUUACUAGAAGCUAAAUUAUUGUUUCAUUUUGGGUGCUGGGUUUGAGGAAUAUAUGCGUGCUUUUGCCCUAGUACUGUAAUUUCUGCUUGGCCUUAUAUGUUCUCUUUUUGUUUAAUGAUUAAAAUCCAAUUAAAUUGUCUUUU